CAAAUUUCAAUAUAAAUUCUCCUGGGAAUCCUGGAGGUAAUGACAGUGUCGACGGGGUCCUCUCUGUCAUGGAGCUUAGGAUGAACUCUAGCUUAGACCUGAAGGACCCCAUGAAAAUUGCACAGCGUGCUGCCGCUUUGUCAAACCUCAUUACAUCAGUCGUGAGUUGUGCUAUAAACAAAGCAGCCCAAUAUAAAGCUAUGUUUUUGUUUUAAUUUUAAAUAACUAACACAUCUACAGUUGCAGGCUUUAAUUAUGAAAACCAAAUGAAUUUUUUUUAAAAAAAAGGAAAAGAAAAAUUAAUAAUUAGGUCGAGGUUUGAUUGUUUUCAAUUGUAAUACAUUGACAGGAUAAUACUGUAAGUGGUUCGGUUCAGACAACCACUGCUAACCCCACGAAUGAUAAAGAUACAUCUACUGCAAAAUCUACUCUGGGUGAGGUAUGUAUCGAUUGCGUCUUAAAGAUUUCGAACUAACGAAACGUCGAAUCUGUGACAUUAAGUCUAAAUUUCUAGAAAUUUGAUAUGGUUUUAAAAAAAGUGUUAGUUGUUUUUUUUUUAACACAUAGAAAUAAGUUCAAAGUACAUUGCAAGAUAUUUGUUUGAAAAUACCCCUGAUGAUAUGGUAUUAAUUAAAGGUGUUUAAAUGGUAUGUAUGAGCGAAUUAUUGAGAACACAAACAAAAUCUAGUCCUGUUUAAUUAUUUUUAAUCUUCAGAAAUCAAUGAUUUGAAACGGAGAUUUAACUUUAAUAAAACUUUAUAUAAUCACAUUUCAUUCGUGUUUUUCUUUCUAAAAGACUGCUAAUAAAUACGUUGGCACUAUCGGAAGUGUCAUUGAUGAAAUCACGAUAAAAAGUCCUGGACAAGUCCAAAUUUUAGCAAAUUCUAUGGUUGUUGCAACAAAUAACACCAACUUCAUGUCUACUUCGUCAAUGGUAAGCACGUAUUCAUAGAUAUAUGUAAUAUAGCUUCUUAAUUAACAAUUAGUUACAAGGGUUUGAGGUCAUGUAGUUUACACACCUUGUUUUAUGUAGAAAUAUUUAGAAUUUACUCCAUUUUAAUUUUUUUGUUUGCUAGGUUUUUAUUUUCAAAUAAUAUAAAUAUAUACAAGCUAAUACCCGGCGUUUCUCGGGAUUGAAUUCGGAAAAAAAAACACAACUUCUACAGCCUUUUAAUAAACAUUGAAAUUAAGAGUAAUGUAAAAAAAAACAAUAUUAAGAUAUAAUUAAUUAAUUUGUCUCCUAAAAACAUGUAUACUAAUAACUUUUGUAAUGAUAAUAGUAAUAAUAAUAACAAUAAGAGGUCUUAUAUAGCGCGGUACCCCAGCCCAUAAAAAUUUUAUCAAAAGAGACAUGAUCAUGACAUUAAAAUAAAAUACAUUUAUGAAAAAAAGAACAGCAAUGCAUAUUCACCCACCCCACCACAUAACUUUUACAAGGCAAACCAUGGACUGCAGCCAGCAAGAACGUUUAUCGGUCAGAGGAUGGGGAAUCAGUCAGGGUAGUAUAAUUUAAAAAGAUAUGUUUUUAGUGCAGUUUUGCCUGUGUGGUUGGUAUAUUGCGUAUAAUUAGUGGCAAAGAAUUCCAUUGUUUGGGGGCGCAGAAAGAGAGAGAUCGUUCACCAUAUGUUUUAGUGUGUGUCUUGGGAACGGACAGAAUACGCGUGUCUGCAGAGGAGAUGAGAUGACGAUCUCGGUGGGAUCCCAAUCGGAUCCCGUUCCCUGAUGACAUUCCGUCCCCCGAAGCGAUCCUGAUAGAAUCUCAAAACCCUUUGGAUCCCGAUCCCAAUCCCGGUUGGAUUCCGUUACUGUGGGAUCCCGUUUCACCAUUGAUCUUGUUUCCCGUAUUAACCUCUUCUCCGAUGGGAUCCCUAUCCCUGCAAAAACUACAUCAUUCUCAGCAAGGUCAUGAAAUCUGCAACAACUGCAUCAUUCUCAGCAAGGUCGUGAAAUCUGCAACGACUGCAUCGUUCUCAGCAAGGUCAUGAAAUCUGCAACAACUGCAUCGUUCUCAGCAAGGUCGUGAAAUCUGCAACGACUGCAUCGUUCUCAGCAAGGUCAUGAAAUCUGCAACAACUGCAUCGUUCUCAGCAAGGUCAUGAAAUCUGCAACAACUGCAUCGUUCUCAGCAAGGUCGUGAAAUCUGCAACAACUGCAUCCUUCUCAGUACGGUCCUGAAAGCUGCUGUAACUGCGUCAUUCUCAGCGAAGUCUUGAAAUCUGCAACUACUGUAUCAUUCUCAGCAUGGCCAUGAAAUAUGCACAAACUGCAUCAUUCUUAGUAAGGUCAUUAAAGCUGCUACAACUAAAUCAUUAUCAGCAAAGUCUUUGGAGAUGCAACAUUCGCAUCAUUCUUAGCAAGGUCUUUGCAGCUGCUACUACUGCAUCAUUCUCAGCACGGUCCUUAAAAAUACAACUACCACGGCUUUCUCAGCAUACGUUGGUGAGAAGUUACACAAAUAAUACUCAAUACAUUGGGACCUGAUUUUUUUUUUGAAUUAAAAGAAGAAUGAGCAACAAUGAUCGGUUUAAACCAGUCUCUUGUGGCGCUCCAAACUAUACCAUACACCUAAUUUUCAAUAUAUGAGUAUAAAAGAAAUUAAAACCUUACUAAACCCCCCGGUAGGAUGAAUGAUUCACCAAUUGUGAUUUUACCGAUUGAUCAAUCGCUAUACAAUGCACAAAAGUCACCAGUUGCUUCAUUCUAAGUAUAGAAAAACAAUUUUGUUAGGCUCGGUUGGAAAGUCCUUCAAAAGUCCAGCUCUGUUGUGUUGUUAGCUCACAGCACUUUGAUAAACUCCAAUGCACAGUUAAUCGUCACUGAACACUUGACCACCUGUUUUGAACACGAACAUAAGUCUCUUUUUGGCUUCGUUGUUUGAAAGCUGAAAUAUGUUUAUCGGCGACUUUUCUUUCUUAAUGAAUUUGACAAACACAAAUAAGUCCUAAACUUUCUUUGGAAUAUUUCUCAUAAAAUCACCAUUGCUCCACUCGAGAGUCCCAGUGCCCCGCCGCCAAAGAUCUCCCAAGGCUUUCAGUGCAGUCAGUCAACCCUGUUACACACUGGCGGCGGUAACGCCCACUUUGAGAACCGUUGAUGUAGAGAAUACUAGGGACUAGUCGACUUAAGACAAUAACCUUGAAAGAAAUAUUAUUAAGGAACACAAAGAAAGACUUCGCAAUCAGAUGAAGAGUAAAAAGUGAUUAAAGAGUAAAGAUACCACAGUUAUUAAGCAUAUAUUCAGUAAAUUUACUUAUAACGAACGGAAAAAACGUAGCUGUAAUUAAAUGAACUAUUCUUUCGAUGAUUAGUAGGCAUAUAUCAAAUCAGAGGUGUUGUUUGUAAUUUACAGGCAUUUUCUUGAUCUGUACGAAUAUUUUUUUCUUAUUGUAAACAUCCCAAACUCUUUUAUGUCGAAUUCAAUCUGCGUCCCUGGUGGCUGUCUUGAUCACUCCCCCGUCGAAACGGUCCAGUCUGUUUGCAACAUUUUUCAAACGUCUGACAACUGACAUAUUAAAAGUAAUUUUCUUAUGAAAUAAUGAGACAAAUAUAAUUUAGUUAUAGUUUUUUUUAAAAUUAUGUGGGAUUCAAUCUUAACGAAUAAUGUAUUCGUAAAUUUUCAUUGUUAAAUAAAAUUUAGAGAUAAUGGUAUCAACACACAUUUUUUAUUUUCUCUUAAUUUGAAGAAGAAAAAAAUCAACACAAAGAGCAACUCAAUUUCAUUAAAUGAAUUUCCUUUAAUCAUAAAUUUAAUGUUGUAAAAAAUAUUAUCAAUACUUUAUUUUUUUAUUCAUGCAACUUGAGUUAAUUCUUAAGUGAAAUUUUUUCACUCUCUUUGGUUGAAUAUUAGUAUUUCCAAAAAAUGUGGAGUAUCGCCAUAGUUUCUGGAAAAAAUUUUUUUUCAAAUUACUAAAGACUAGAAAUGCUUGACCCAUGUUAUGUUUUUAUUACAUCUUAAUUCCGAUGAACCUUCAGGCUAAAGCCUCUGUGGCGUUAACAAAAUUGACUGACGUCAUGAGGAAAACCGAAGACAAUAAACUCG